CCGUUGCUCUCUCUCGAUUCUUUUCCAAAUCAAAAUCCAAUUAAAAACUCUCUCCUGAAGUUUCUUCCUCAACUUUUCCCAACCCCUCAGAUCUCUGUCCGGUCACCGCCCUCCGUCUCCGUCGCGAGCCCCCGCUCUUCGACAGGUUAUAUUUCAUACUGAGGGAUUUGACUCCAUAUUUCUUAUACUGAGCUAUGGAAAGAAAUAUGGGUAGCCAUUCAGGAGUGAAUAUACCACCAUCAAUCCCUCAAUCUAAUCCAUUUGGAAAUGCUUUCUAUGGAGCUAGUUCUGGACUCAUACGUGGUGGGCUGGGAGCAUAUGGCGAGAAAUUCUUGGGAUCAAGCUCUGAGUUCAUGCAAAGCAAUAUCAGUCAGUACCUGUCUGAUCCACAGUACUAUUUCCAAGUGAAUGGCCAGUAUGUGAGGAACAAACUGAAAGUGAUUUUGUUCCCAUUUCUACACAGAGGACACUGGACAAGGAUAACUGAACCGGUCGGAGGGAGGCUCUCCUACAAACCUCCUAUACAUGACAUAAAUGCUCCAGACUUGUACAUCCCUUUUAUGGCAUUUGGUACCUAUAUCGUUCUUGCAGGGUUGUUAUUAGGUAUUUUUGGAAGGUUUACGCCAGAAGCUUUGAGCUUGCAGUUUACCAAAGGAUUAUUAGGUUGGUUCUUGCAAGUCCUACUCCUAAAAGGGCUUCUAUACUCCAUGGGCAGCGGCGAGGCACCACUUCUAGACAUCGUGGCUUACUCUGGCUAUGCCUUUACCGGCGUCUCCCUUGCUAUUUUUGCAAGGAUUUUCUGGAGCUACUCGUAUUAUUUUCUUCUUCCAUGGAUGUGCUUCUGCUUGGGGGUGUUCUUAGUGAAGACCAUGAAAAGGGUUGUCUUAGGAGGACCGAGGAGCUAUGAGAAGCACUCGAGCAGGCAUCAUUAUCUCCUGAUUAUCAUGGCGGUAGUUCAGUUCCCCUUGUUGUUUUGGCUUGGCAAUGUUGGUGCUUGAUGCUUCCACUCUUCUACCAGUCACUCAGGGAAAUCAUUGUUGUGUCUGGUUUCCUCUCAAAUAUUUCUGGGAUUUAAUCCUCCUUUUAUAUCUGUUUCUUUUUUCACUUUCCCUAAUUGUGAUGAUUACAUGUAGAUGACAGCUGUUGUAGUCGUGAAAUACAGGUUUCUUAACUUCUUUUAAGCUCUUCAAAGUUUCCGUUAUUUCGCUUAA